GCAAUCCAGGAGCAGGUUGUGGAAAAUGGCGGAGAGUCUAUUUGUUGUGGAAAAACUACAAUUCCCAUUAUGUUUUCCUUGCGGUUUGGGCGCAAGGGAGGGGGGACGUGACGCAAGGCGCUGAAGGCGUGAGCGCUGCGUCUCUGCGAGGAAGAGGCACUGAAAGUCGAAGCUAAAACCGCAUUCGAGACAACAUGGCAGGAUUGCCCCGCAGGAUUAUCAAGGAAACUCAACGUUUGUUGGCAGAGCCCGUGCCAGGUAUCAAAGCAGAGCCCGAUGAAGGGAAUGCUCGCUACUUCCACGUGGUCAUCGCCGGACCUCAGGACUCCCCCUUUGAGGGAGGGACUUUUAAACUUGAACUAUUUCUUCCUGAAGAAUACCCCAUGGCAGCUCCAAAAGUACGCUUCAUGACCAAAAUAUAUCAUCCCAACGUCGACAAGCUGGGGAGAAUAUGCCUAGAUAUUUUGAAAGAUAAGUGGUCCCCCGCCUUGCAGAUCCGCACAGUGCUGCUAUCAAUCCAGGCAUUACUAAGUGCUCCCAACCCUGAUGAUCCUCUAGCAAACGACGUUGCAGAGCAGUGGAAGACCAACGAAGCUCAAGCCAUAGAAACAGCCCGGACAUGGACCAGGCUUUACGCUGGGAACAAUAUUGAAGUCUAGAGAAAUAGGGGGAAAGAGGAAAAGCGGGGGGAAAAAAGUGGAUGUCAAGUGUGAACACAACUCCUCCUAUUCUGCCAAGACCUAUUCAUUUGCAUUUAAAGGACACAGGGAUUAAUGUUAUAAUAAUAAAAAAAAAAAAACAACUGUCAAGAAUAUAUUAAAGAAAAGAGCAGGGGGGGGAAAUAAUGACAACUGCAUUUAAUUUGUAAUUUAAAGGCAUAUUAGGAAGAAAAAAAAGAAAGAAAGAAAACAUCUUUGACCUAAUUCACUACUGUUUAAAUGCAUGGGCAGAGGAUUUAGAGAUAUUCACAUGGCUUUCUUUUUCAUCCAUCUGGGAGGCUCCCGGGUGGGAAAAGUGGCUGUCAAUUCAUUCUUCCUGGCAUAUGGAGGGUGGGGGGGUGGUGGGUAACUUUUUACAUUUUUCUUUUAACCUCCGUUUUGUUUUUUUGUUGUUUCUUCUCAUGAUGCUUUUUGUUUUUCUGAGAAGCAGCUGAUUAAACAGCACCCUUUUCUGGCAAAUGACAAAAGUGCUCCCCUUUUAGAAGGUCUAGAAGGAAAAAAAACGGCUUCACUUUAAAAAAAAAAAUAAAAAAUUAACAUGAAAGGAAAAUCAAUACUUUUUGGACAUGGAACUGAUUAGAGUAAAUUAACAUGAACUAGCCUUCCACUCUCACGUUAACUAUUGUGACCGCUGAUCGUGUAGAAUCUAACAUAGGCUUUUAUUCUCUAUCUUUCUCUCUUUCGCUCUUUUUUUUUUCUUUUUUUUUUUUUGACUGCAGGCGAAUUAUGAGAUUGUACCAUGAGUUUUAGUAUAACAGUUCUCUUACUGUAUUUGGUGUUAGAAUUAUUUUUUUCUCCCCUCUCUAUGCCAUCACUGUACUAAUUGCACUCUCUGAACUCCUUCACUGAUGUGCUUCUUCACCCGUGUUCCACACAGUCCUCUAGUGCAUUGAGCUUCGUCUGCUGUUUUCGUCCCUUUAGCCUUUAUUUUGCAAAUCUAGGCUGCAUUAAGACUGGUAAUGUGUGAAUGGAGAGAAGUUUUUUUGUUUUGUUUUGUUUUUUUUUAAUAAUAUAUAGAGGCGAGGAGCCUGCCGUGAUCAGUGAGCGCUCGAUUUCCAUUACCAAGAUCAGUCUUUGCUUUGAGACGUCUCAAUUCACUGUAUGUAAAUUCCUUCUUUCUAAAGGGGAGAAUGAUUUCCUGCUUUCUGAAUGACAUGAAAACAGCCCACAUACUUUGUCUUUCUGUAAAUAAAAUCUGCUGAUUAAUAAGA